ACCUCCUUUUAUUUGCUGCUAUCUCAUUUUUGUUUGUAUUAUGUGCCUUAUUAAGAAUGCCAAGGUUUGCAAGCAUCUUCUCGUGGAUCAACAACUCUUUAGAGGUUUUUGUGUGUGGUUCAAGUACUGGUUUACAGAAAGAAGAACCACACCCAGACUAUGUGCAUAAUUUAAAUUAAAAUGUUAUAUCUGGACUUUGGCACGGGAUUUACCAAGUACUGACUUCUCUUUCCUUGCAAGAGUCAGUAGUAUUGCAACAGUGCUUUACUACCAUAACCUCAGAACACCAAAUUGUGGGUGAAAUGUUACUAUUUGAGUGAAGAGGAAACAGUAAUUUUCAUUUCUGAGUGCCAUUCCUGUUUUAGCAUAGGUUAGAGAACAAUAUCCAGCUGCAAACAGGAAAGAAGCUUUGACGUCCUGAGUUCCUACUCGCGUGAUUCUGUGAGUCAUAUGGACCAAACUGCCAGCUCCAAAAAUGGAGCUAAACUUUGGGGAAGCUUCUCUGCAAAAUUAAUAUUUCCUUCUUAUUCAGCCUAACACACGUCAGUAAAUAAAUAAAUGGAGUAGGUAUAGGUGUGUUUCCUCACCUCUAAAUCCCUUAUUUUCUUACUUCAGAUUCUAUUAAGUCCUUUCUCUUCAAAGUCAAGCAUUUUUUAUUCACAUUUCAAAACACAUUGCUGGGUCAUCAGGGAUUUCUGUCACUUCUUUGCUGAAGGUGAAGUCCAACACUGAAGCAUAGGUAUUGCUUUAAAAUUUGUUGAUUUAAUACAAUCCACAGUUUACCAGUCAAUCCGUGUCUGUUCAAGUACAGCCUGUCUUUACAGGGUACAUCACCUUUUCAACAGAUAUCUUGAUUUCAGAUCAUAAAGCCCAGUUCUAAUACACUUGCAGGAGAUCUUAGUAAUGACAAAAUCAGUCCCUUUAAAGUACACCAGAUGGACAAAAUGGCUUAAACCAGUUUUUGGCUUGCAUUGUGGCUCUUGGGCUGUUAACAUUUGCUCCACACGAAGAUUUCAGACACGGUGAACUUUUCCCUCCUGCACAGCUGAAGCCGUUCUGCAGAUACCCUCUCACCCACUGGCUGGGCAGUAGCACCCUUCCCCUCCAGCAGAAAGGUCCUGGGAUGUAAUCCCACCCACAGGCUGCCCUAUAAAAGGCCUGGCUAGAAAACUACACUUGCAUUUUUGACUGGAUCUUCCUUCUACUGUCUGGCAAUGCCUGUGGAUUUCAGCGGAACGUGGAACCUCGUCAGCAAUGACAACUUCGAGGGUUAUAUGGUGGCCUUAGGUAUUGACUUUGCAACACGCAAAAUAGCAAAAAUGCUGAAGCCUCAGAAAGUGAUCAAACAAGAUGGUGAUUCAUUCUAUAUCCAUACCACUAGCACAUUCAGAGAUUAUUUGCUUGAAUUCAAAGUUGGAGAAGAGUUUGAGGAAGAUAAUAAAGGCUUGGAUAACAGAAAAUGCAAGAGCCUCGUUACCUGGGAAAAUGACAAACUUGUCUGUGUCCAGACUGGUGAGAAGAAGAACAGGGGCUGGACUCACUGGCUCGAAGGGGACGACCUCCACCUGGAGCUUCGUUGUGAGAAUCAAGUCUGUAGACAGGUCUUCAAGAGAGCUUGAGUGUGUGGUGUGCUGGGUGAGGCCUGCAGGGACAGCUCUGCUCAGGAGCUCGUGUCCAGUGCGGGCUCCGUGGACAAGAACUGACUCCUGCACCUCUUAACCUCAAUGCUCUGAAGGUUCUGGCUCAGGAAAGAAGUCUGCUGUUGCCAGUGUUAAAGGUCUGAUUUUUGCUAAUAAAUGCCUCAAACUAAUCUUAA